AUGAACAACCAGAACCAGAACCCAUCACCUGCUAUGCUCCCAGACGCAAAAAAGCCCAUCUGGACAAAAUUUGGCGAGAGACGUGAACAAUCCAACGAUAACAAACCUAGUCCUUCUCGCCAAACGAAUAUAGAACACUACUGGAAGCGUGAAGCCCUUCACGCGCAUAGGGAGCAGAAUACAGGCGGAACCGUCCACCCGCCUCCUCAACCGUCCAGAAUCGCCGUAGUCUUUGCCGGCUCACCGUCGCCAGGAAAGGCGUCCACGACCCCCAACUCUGCCAGCACUGUACCAAAUAUUUUGGAUUCCCCCAGGAAUGAAAAGACAGGUGUACGUCUCCUGGCGCAGUCUUUUGCGCAACAAGCCGCCCAACCUAGCAGCGCUACGCCGCCUACUUCUUCAAGAUCAACGCCGUCUUACAGCCGAGGACGCCCAAAAGGAUGGAAACCUGGCAUGUCAUAUGCCGCCAUGCGCGGCAAUACUCCUCCAAGGUGGAAGACAGCUCGAUCCCCUCGCCAGCCUCGCGUCAAAGCACCACUUCCAGGGUUUGGCCGCAGACCAGGGCGGCCACCAAGACCAAUCUCACCACCGCCCAAGGAGCUUUACUACAAGGCGAAACCGCGUUUUGUGAACUUUUUAUGCGAGUGGAGUGGCUGCAAGGCCGAGUUACAUAACCUUGAUACCCUGCGAAGGCAUAUUCGUGUCGUUCAUGAGAUACACGGCAAGUGGUCUUGUCACUGGGGGCAGUGCAAACUAGAUGGCUGCACUGAUGUGCGUCAAUGGUUCUCUCACUUGGAAGAAGCCCACCUAGUUCCUUUUCAGUGGCACAUAGGUGAUGGACCGAGCAACACCAGAGGCACAGACGUUGAGAUGCCUGACAAGUCUCCAGACGAACUUCCCGAUUUUCUGAUGGACUCGGCAGGUCACCAAGUGACGCCAUCGAUCAAAGACCAAAGUAUAGAAGACUUUGCAACCUGGAAGGAAAAUCGCCGGAAGCUUAAAGAGUUGUUGAUUCAGCGUGAUAAGAAUCUGCCAUCUGAGUCUUCCGAGUCUUCCGAGGCAGGGGAGACCUGA